GCCAAGUAUUAAAGGAACAACAAGGGUACUUGGGGAGCAAUUGAAUCAUUUUCAAUCAAAUAAUUUCCUCCCAUGAACAUGCCUGCUACCUCCAAAUGGUGGAAAGGAUGCACGGGGUUGCAAAUAUUGUUUGCUAAUGGAAACUCCUCUAAGAAGCCGCAGAAAUAACUAGUCAUCUUUUAAGAGGCUCUAAUUUCUGCAAUGGCGACCUUGAGAACAAGUGGCAGAGCAAGCCAGAGAAGAAAGGGCUGCAGAAAAUGGCACUGGACACACGAGGAAGACGAGCUCCUAAAAACCCUUGUCCAGAUGCAUGGUCCAGCAAAGUGGGAUCACAUUGCAACUCAUAUCGAAGGGAGAUCAGGGAAGAGCUGUAGGAUAAGGUGGCUCAACCAAUUGCACCCGGGAGUUGAUAAGACACCAUUCACUGUAGAAGAGAAGCGAAGGCUCCUUCUGCUUCACAACGAAUUUGGAAACAAGUGGUCUGUCAUCGUCAGUUACUUCCCUGGUCGAACAGAUAACCAAGUGAAGAACCAGUACCAUAUACUAGCAGGGAGUAGGAAAUCCACACCCUCAUCUUCCAGCAACGAUCCCCAUGUCCGUCUGGACAAUGGAUCUAGAGGUUUGUCUCAAAAUCAGAGCAUAUCAAUGGUUGGCUCACAGUUUUCUGAUGUUACCAGUCGAGGAACAAACUAUCAUGGCUCUGCUCCCUUGGUGAGUCCGAUGCCUGGCAGGGUAGGAAUGAGGCCUUCAUUCAUUGGUGGUUCCUCUUCUGUCUAUGGCAAGGGUGAAAAUUUCACCCAGGUCGGGCCGCCCUCUUCCACCCUGAGCAGCCUUGGUCCUCGCCCACAUCAGAGAAAAAGCUACGGGAGUUCCAUGAUCUCGGAUGCGAAUUCUGCAGGUCAUGAAUUCAUCGACUUUUUAGGUGUUGGGGGUUCCGAUUAAAGAGUGGUCGCAGUUUGUUGUUUUCUUGUUAUGCUUUGCUCACCGUGCUCUCGUAUUUCGUCUAUUCUGGAGUUGUGUGAUGAUCAGCCCUUAUGUUCGAAUUUUCGCCUUACGGUGAAGUUUUCUGACAGUUUGCUGGUAAGUGGUAAGGACUAAGGACUCCUUCGGUUAAAUCUAAAUAAAUUUUCGUAUUUUGAUUCUCA